ACGCUUCCUGAACACACAAACACAAAUCUCCUCCACACUCCGGUGCACAAAAAGGGCAGAGGGCGGAGGAAAGGAAGGCCAGCCGCUUAGAGCAGCAGCACUGACUUUCGACCUUCGUUUCAUUUUGCUAAAGUGAACUACUGCACAGAAGACUCAAGACUGCACCUGAAGCACAUCUCUGAACUCAUGUCCUGUGCUCCCCCUGGUCAAAUCGAGCUGCUGCCUCAUCUGUCAUCUUCGCCAUGACUGUGUGCCUGCCCAACCAGGGCAAAGCCGUUCUUCUCCUCAUCCUCAGCACCUUCCUGUUUCAGUGGGUCCUGGUCCCGCAGGGUGAACGGGCCAUUCCCCGGAUGUGGCACAGGAACAUCAGCGUCCUGCUGUGGUACUGGCCCUUCGGCAAGCCCCAGAGCCUGGACGGGGACGUUUGCUGGGACCGGUUCGCCGUGCGCGGCUGCCGCCUGACGGACGAGCGCAGCCGGUUCCCCGAGGCCGACGUGGUGGUGUUCCACCACCACGAGCUGAAGACCCGCCGCCAGAGGCUGCCGCGCCACCUGGCCCGCCCGGCCGGGCAGAAGUGGCUCUGGAUGACGCUGGAGUCCCCCGCCUCCAACGGCAACCUGUCCGCUUACGACGGCGCGUUCAACUGGACCAUGACCUACCGGCGCGACGCCGACGUCUUCCUGCCGUACGGAGAGCUGGCUCCGAAGAAGGACGGCGGGAGCGGCGGGUACGUCAUCCCCAAAAAGGACGCCGGCCUGCUGGCAUGCUGGGUAGUCAGCAACUUCCGGCCCAGGCACAAAAGGACGCAGGUGUACCAGAGCUUGAGGAAGCUGAUCCCCGUGGAGGUGUACGGGCGAUGGCCGCGGAAGCCGCUCAGCGCCCAGGAGCUGCUUCCCGCCAUUUCCCGCUGCCGCUUCUACCUGGCCUUCGAGAACUCGCUCUUCGCCGACUACAUCACCGAGAAGCUCUGGCGCAACUCCUUCUUGGCGGGCACCGUGCCGGUGGUGCUGGGCCCGCCCCGGAGCGACUACGAGGCGGCGGCUCCGCCCAGCUCCUUCAUCCACGUCGACGACUUCAACUCCACGGAGGCGCUGGCCGCGCUCCUGCGGCGGCUGGCGUCGGACGAGAAGGCCUACGCCUCUUACUUCGAGUGGCGGCGGGACUACGACGUUCGGCUCCUCGCCGACUGGAGGGAGAGGCUGUGCCGCGUGUGCGAGCUCUACGACCGCCUGCCCGUCCGCAAGGUGUAUCACCACCUGGACGCUUGGAACAGGAAGUGACCCAUGGCGAAACUAAAACGCAAGCGCUCCUGUGUUUAGACUGGGGCGUAAAUUUUCCUUAUGGCUGUUGGGCAGCCUCUUGUGAUCAUGCACCGGCUUCUGUUACAUUACAGUAGCACUGGCUUCUGUUUCAUUACUGUAGCACUGUCUUUACAGUACAGUAGCACCGUCUCUGCUUAAGUGUUGCUUUACACCUGCUGGAGAUGAACGCUGAGCUAGAGCUGUGCCAUUAAACUGCGUAUUUGCAGUACUGGCGAUCCGCUGUACUAGCCCUCUCUUCAUGCCUUAAUCCAGCCAAUGAGAGGACAGAGACAGUGAAUAUGGGAUAACACGAAAAUGUAAUGGUUGCCAUAGAUUUCAGAAUGUAACUAUACGGUGUGUGUCAUUUUUGUACAUCUACUGUACACAUCUACAGAAGUGAAGUAAAUAUUAAAACCACACCUUUCCUGGCAUAAAAGUAGAUCAACAGUGCUAACUAAAGGUUACAGGAAGGAACAUGAACCUCAACCCACGUCGAUGGCAGAACGAUUUGUAAACUUGAACACCUGACAUAGAGAGUUAACUUCUUACCUUUCAAACCUUUCAUGGCUAAAAAUAUACAAUAAGCAUGCUUGGUGCUGUAUGAUUUUUAAGGGGAUAUAUAAUGGAAAGGGUUGUAUUACAGCAAAUAUAGCAAUAUAGCCUUUGAAUAGCAAAUAUGCAUUUUCAAUUCCAAAAGGAAUCAAACUGAAACAGGGGGUUAAAUGCUGGCUGGCUGGUCUGUGUGGUGGCAUUCUGUCAUUUAGAGAAGAAGGGUUUCAGAUGGAAGGGCUGACUCAUUGCGCAAGAAUAACACAAAAU